GCUGAAGUCAACGAUUUGGCGAUUGGCUUUUGUUGAGGUGUUGAGCCCAUCCCUGUCGACGACAGGGCGUGCGAACCGGCUUUCGUGUGCUAGUAUAACUAUUUCCGUAUUUCGACCUCGGUCCAUCCCGCCUGGUUUGAGAGAGUUGUUGUUUCCCAACGAGGCCUGGGAGGAGAGAUUCCAAAUUUCGAGUCGUAACAUAACAACAAAGACUGGAAAUCUCCUACCAGUCAACGUCGUUGUGGCAACUUAAAGACUGGUGGUGUGUCUUGCGUUUACAUUAAGCACUGCGCGCCAUCGCUCGCGGCGUAUGCUGCCAUUGUCCCGUGUUGUUCCGAGAACGGCUUGGAGGACCGCAUCGACGGCCAGGAUGGCCCGCCCCAAGAUCACGCUGUACGUCGACACGGUCAGCCCGUUCGCGUACGAGGCGUACUACAUCCUGAGGAACGAGGAUGUGUUCAAGGCCUGCGAUAUCACAUAUGUGCCCAUCUUUCUCGGCGGGCUGAUGCAGAAGUGUGGGAAUAUCGCGCCCAUCAAGAUCAAGAACAAAGAUAAAUGGAUGAGCAUCGAGCGCCUCCGCUGGGCGCGGCACUUCGGGAUCCCGAUGACGACGGCGCUGCCGCCCGACUUCCCCGCCCCAACGCUGCCCAUCAUGCGCGCGCUCUGCGUCGUCGCCGCCUCCGACCCGGAGCCGGGCCAGCCGCGCCUGACGCGGGCGCUCGACACCUUCUUCGCGCAGCACUGGGCGCACGGGGCCGCGACGCACAAGCCCGAGGUGCUGCGCGCCACGCUGGCCGGGCUGUUUGGCGAGGCCGAGGCCGAGAGGAUCCUCCAAGAAUCGACCACCCCGCAGACCAAACAAGCGCUCGCGGCCAACACCGACCGCGCCUUCGACUCGGGCGCCUUCGGCCUGCCCUGGCUGGAGUGCACGACGGCGCAGGGCGACAAGACCGAAGGCUUCUGGGGCGUCGACCACCUGGGCCAGGUGGUGCAGUUCCUGGGACUGGACCCGCUGGUGGGCAAGCGUCGAGGACAAGGCGACGGGGAUGGGAACGGGAAUCGUGAUGGAGAACGGAGCGGGAGUGAAGGAUGGAAGGCUCUGCUUUGAUACCUAGAUGUACAUACAAUGCAUGCGAGCUUCAUUCACGCCUGGGUUGAGUACUUCGUCCUUCAGCCCGGUCAUCCAACCAGUCGAUACGCAGGAUAUCUCCCCUAGUUCCGUCAUGUCAAUCCUUGAGUGCAUGGCGCCGGGUGGAGAACAGGGGUGUGGCGUCAGGCCGGUCAGGUCGGCGAGCUUAUGUUUUGGUCCUCGCGUCGAGGCGCGUCACAGCUAAGCCGGGGCAGG